AUCCCCUUCCCUCCCACUGCCGCGAGGCUCGCCAACCGCCGGCCACGGAGGACGCGGCGGCGGCGGCGGCCACCCCCGAAAUGCAAGUCAGGAAGAGGCGCAGACCCGUCCUGGCCGACGACCAGCAGCAGGAUCCGCCGUCGCCGGGGGGCGUCAACCUCGACCUCAUCAGCCGCCUCCCCGAUGCGGUGCUCGGCACGGUCGUCUCUCUCCUCCCCACAAAGGACGGGGCGCGCACGCAGGCCCUCUCCCGCCGAUGGCGCCACCUCUGGCGCUCCGCCGACGCGCCGCUCAACCUCGCGGCGGCCCCCGACCUCGCGGGCGACGACGAUUCGUUGGCCGCGCUCGUCUCCAGGAUCCUCUCCGGCCACCCCGGCCCGGCCCGCCGCCUCUCGCUCCGCCUCGCUUUCUCCCCGGACAGCCUAGGCGAGGCCGACGGCUGGUUCCGCUCCGCGUCGCUCGCCGGCCUCCAGGACCUCGAGGUUACCAACCUGGACUGGGGGAGCCACUACUCGCUGCCGCCGCACCCGCUGGCGCGCUUCGCGCCCACGCUAUGCGCGCUCAGGCUCGGCGGCUGCCGGUUCCCCGGCCCGGCCGCGCCGCCGCCGAGGUUUCCGCACCUCAAGCAGAUCAUGCUGUUCAAUGUUGGCAUCUCGGAGGACUCUCUGCAGAGCGUCAUCUCCAGCUGCGCUGUUCUCCAAAGCAUCUCGCUGCACAACAUGAGCUUCGGUCGCCUUUGCAUCAGCUCGCCGACUCUCCGGAGCAUCGCCUUCUAUCCUCCUCGCGACGAAGGCGUCGUCGCCGCCUUCCGGGAGCUGGUCAUCGACGACGCCCCUUGCCUUGAGAGGCUGCUGCCAAUUUACCCAGACGAUGGGCCGGUGACCAUACGGGUAAUCCGGGCUCCGAAGCUGGAGGUACUUGGUUUCUUGUCUCAAGGCAUACCCAGGCUCCACCUUGGAACCACACUCUUUCAGAGAAUGAUUGUUGUCACCAUGACAACCAAAAUGCGCGCACUGAAGAUUUUGGUUCUUGAAUGUGCUCCGAAUCUGGAUUUUGUUGUUGACUUCCUCAAGUGCUUCCCCUGCUUGGAGAAGCUCUAUGUCAUUUUUAGUGAAGGAAGGAAUACGAAUAUUGCGGGGAAGUAUGAUCAGCUUGAUCCAAUUGAAUGCCUUGAACUCCAUCUAAAAGAAGUGGUGUUGAAGAAUUACUGUGGUGGUCAUAGGCUAUAUAUCGACUUUGCCAAGUUCUUUCUUUUGAACGCGAAAGUGCUAAGGAAAAUGGAAAUCGGGGCCCGUUACAGCUACAAAUCCAACUGCAACAUCGACGACUGGACGUGUUAUCUACGUAGGCAGCUACAAGCGGAGAAUAGAGCUUCUCGAGAUGCACGGGUUGAAGUAAAAGUUAAUAAAUUCACCCGCCACGUACGUACUCACGAUUUGUCAGUGGAUGAUCCUUUUGACUGAUCCUUGUGUGGAUGCUCCAAGUUUGCUAAAUUGUGCCCUUGCUUGUAUGUCUAGUGUUGUCACAUCCUUGUGAUGGUCUGUAAAAUGGCCUACUCACUUGAGCAAUGGAAUGCUUUUUUACCCUACCCACUCUGGAGCAAAUCAUAUGAUCGAGGAGGUGGUGACUGAGCCAAGGAUUAGAAUCGGCACUUGCAAAUGUACAAGACUCUUCAAUGCUGCUAGUAUUUGGGUGUUAUGUUCUGUUGGUACUUGUCGUUUAUCUUUUGCUCAAUGUCAUAUUGUAAGCCGGGACAUUAUCUCUGAUGGAGAAUCUGUUUGCUUGCGCUGCUGCUAGCUAACACUGUCUCUGCCUGGCAACAAGAAGUUCUCUUGUAGUGAAUGUCGUUACAGAGGACGUGUUCAUACUGUAGCAUGUUCAGUCCCAGUGCAGAGCCGCACUGACUGUUCAUAUAUGUAUCAUUUUCCCAGUGCUGCAAUCAGAAUGGUACGAUGA